AUGUCUUGGCUGGUAUUAAUUAGAAAAGAACAGCUUUCAGGUAAUGAGGUUCUAGGAGAUUUACCACAAACUUUACCGCUAUUUAGCCUUCUUGGUGAAGCUGCUUACUUAUUAUUAGUCAACGCCGGUAACGCCACCCCAUCUGCCGAAGAUAUCAAGAAUGUCUUAGCUGCUGCUGAAGUUGAAGUUGAAGAAGAAAGAAUUGAAAAAUUAUUAUCUGAAGUUGAAGGUAAGAAUGUUGAAGAAUUAAUUGCCGAAGGUAACGCCAAGUUAUCUUCUGUCCCAACUGGUGCCGCUGCUCCAGCUGGUGGUGCUUCCGGUGCCGCUGCCACUGAAGAAGCUGCCGAAGAAGCCGCUGAAGAAGCUGCUGAAGAAUCUGACGAAGACAUGGGUUUCGGUUUAUUCGAUUAG